GACGGCUGGGCCGGGGGCGCUUCUGCUGCUGCGGCGGCGGUGGCGGCGGGCGGCGGCAGGGGCGGCGGCGGCGGCGGCCCGCACCAGCCAUGCCGAAUAAAAACAAGAAGGAGAAAGAACCACCAAAACCGGUGAAAAGUGGAAAAGGUUCAAAAGAAGGACAAGACACAGCAGAACCAGAGCAGAUAGCCAGCAGGAAAAACAGCCUCGUGGCUGUCCAGUCUUCGACAUCUACUAAAAUAAAAGUCCCAGUUCCUCAGCCCGUCGUCCCUGUUAAGAAAGACAAACGGCAGAAUUCUUCACGGUUUAACGCCAGCAAUAACAGAGAACUGCAAAAACUCCCAUCUUUAAAAGAUGUUCCUCCUGCGGAUCAAGAGAAGCUUUUCAUCCAGAAGCUUCGACAAUGUUGUGUCCUCUUUGACUUUGUUUCUGACCCGCUGAGUGACCUGAAGUGGAAGGAAGUAAAGCGAGCUGCAUUAAGUGAGAUGGUUGAAUAUAUCACCCACAACAGGAAUGUGAUCACAGAGCCCAUUUACCCAGAGGUUGUCCACAUGUUUGCAGUUAACAUGUUUCGAACCUUGCCACCCUCCUCCAAUCCUACGGGAGCAGAAUUUGACCCAGAAGAAGAUGAACCAACGUUAGAAGCAGCCUGGCCUCAUCUGCAGCUUGUUUAUGAAUUUUUCUUAAGAUUUUUAGAGUCUCCAGAUUUCCAGCCCAAUAUAGCAAAGAAAUAUAUUGAUCAGAAGUUUGUAUUACAGCUUCUAGAGCUCUUUGACAGCGAGGAUCCUCGGGAGAGAGAUUUCCUAAAAACUACCCUUCACAGAAUCUAUGGGAAGUUCUUAGGUCUGCGUGCUUACAUCAGGAAACAGAUAAAUAAUAUAUUUUAUAGGUUUAUUUAUGAGACAGAGCAUCACAAUGGCAUAGCAGAAUUACUGGAAAUACUGGGAAGUAUAAUUAAUGGAUUUGCCUUACCACUGAAGGAAGAGCACAAGAUUUUCCUGUUAAAGGUGUUGCUGCCCUUGCACAAAGUGAAAUCCCUGAGUGUCUACCAUCCCCAGCUGGCGUACUGUGUUGUGCAGUUUUUGGAGAAGGACAGCACCCUCACUGAACCAGUGGUAAUGGCACUUCUCAAAUACUGGCCAAAGACUCACAGUCCAAAAGAAGUUAUGUUCUUAAAUGAAUUAGAAGAGAUUUUAGAUGUAAUUGAACCAUCAGAAUUUGUGAAGAUCAUGGAGCCUCUCUUUCGACAGUUAGCCAAAUGUGUUUCCAGCCCUCACUUCCAGGUGGCAGAGCGGGCACUAUAUUACUGGAACAAUGAGUACAUUAUGAGUUUAAUCAGUGAUAAUGCAGCGAAGAUUCUGCCCAUCAUGUUUCCAUCCUUGUACCGCAACUCAAAGACCCACUGGAACAAGACCAUACAUGGCUUGAUAUACAAUGCCCUGAAACUCUUCAUGGAGAUGAACCAAAAACUCUUCGAUGACUGUACCCAGCAGUUCAAAGCAGAGAAACUGAAAGAGAAGCUGAAGAUGAAAGAGAGAGAAGAAGCAUGGGUUAAAAUAGAAAAUCUAGCCAAAGCGAAUCCCCAGUAUGCAGUGUAUAGUCAAGCCAGCGUCAUGAGCAUUCCGGUGGCAAUGGAGACAGAUGGGCCUCAGUUUGAAGAUGUGCAGAUGCUGAGAAAGACAGUGAGCGACGAGACUCGUCAGGCACAGAAAGACCCGAAGAAGGACCGUCCCCUUGUGCGGCGCAAGUCCGAGCUGCCUCAGGACCCCCACACCGAGAAAGCCUUGGAAGCUCACUGCAGAGCCAGUGAGCUGCUCUCCCAGGAUGGGCGCUAGCCUCUGGAGCAGCACAUCGAGCGGGGCCUGUCAGUUCUCUUCUGGAUGCUAUAGAAAAGACAUACUGUUUGUGCCAUACCAAUCAGCUACACUCAUAGUCAAAGCUCCCUCCGACCCCGUUCUGUGGGCAAUAAUGCACGUCUGCCUCAGCUCGAGAUUAGGAGUUCAAACAAUGGUGGCUUCUCUGGCCCUGCUGGCCAAGCCAGGGGUCGAGGGCAGUGUUGUCACCACCCCAGCAUAGCCCUGAGUAAGACUGUGUCCCCAAGUCAGAGCUGUAGGAAAGCACCCUGGUUGUCUUCUUGUUCUCCCAAAUAGGUAGUUUUGUGGGAACGCCAUGAGUUUUCAAAUCAAAGGAACACUUUGAAGGUAUCUCCUCCUUUUUAAGACUUUACAACCUUUGACAUCGUUUCCACGAUUUGCUGUGCCAGCAGCUAGUGUUUGUUGGUUAAACCUCACCGAAAUGGCUCUUUGCUUUCACAUUCUAGCCACCUACUGGGAAACUGACUGACAUCCUCAGCACUGGGACCUUCUAAGGUGUUUUUUUCCUUUGAUUAACGGCAUGCACACCAUGUCAUGCUUCCCUUAAUGUCUACCGAAAGCCAUAUUUCAUAGUCUGUGGCAGAGGCCAGGGUUCCACCUAAGCUCAGAGAAGAAAGCUCUGAGAAGUGCUUUCUCAGUCCACCUUGACUAGAAUCUCAAUGUUGAAAUUAUGUGUUCAUAUUUUUAUUUGCAGAAUCAGUUUUCAUCUACUUACACAUUAUCCUUCAACAAGGC